AGGCAAAACAAGCUCCUCAGCAGCUCCCUUGACCCCAGCUCCCUUAAUGAUCCUCGUUCGUACCGUCUAAGCUCGACUAGCUUCUUUUUCCUUUCAACAUAUCAAUUUCUCAACUUCUCCUUGUGAAACCGUCGAUAACCGUUGAACCCUUAACCCUCAUUCCUUUUCACCAACAGCCCUUCUCUUUCCUUCAUAUUGAUACAUAUGCUACUGUGCUUCGGACAUCUAUUACUAUAUUUUCCACUUAUUUACCGUGCAUACCUUCCUUCCUUCGAGACAGGGGUCCCAUCAUACGCCAAGCGUAUCCCCCCAUAGCUAAUGCGGGGUGGUCAGGGCACUACUGUUGGCCGUGAGAGUCACCGGAAACUCUAUUUCUAAAUCUAAACUAUAAGUUCGGGCCCACCCUCGAUGCUUUAUAGACUCGUUAAUUCGUGAGCUAUUCAUCUCCCUACACUCGAGGUUCUAGGAGAAGCUCUGUUUUCCCGUCCAAAUAUUGAAUUUCGCGUUGACGCGGAGCUCUAAAACAUGGCACCGGCCAACAUUGAAGCCUCCCUUCAGCCAGGGCUCAUCCUCCGCAUGAGCCCGGCUGACUUUGCCUCCCACCUUUGCGGCCUUGUUGCGAGUGCUCCCGCUGAUCAAGGUGACGCAACUGUCGCUGCGAUCACGAGCCAAUUGCAAUCCCAUGUGCACAGCAACGCCAUCCCGCCCAUACUCUUUUCCAUAUGGCUUCCCAUGGCCCUGGCCCAUCUGCCUCAACUACUUGGGGAUGUACUCGGCGACAAGGAGUCAAGCGGCAUGCGGAAAGCUGGUACGAGACAGUUGCGUCGAAUACGCAGGGGCCGGAACUGGUCCGAGAACGAGUGGAAGGCCCUUGGAGGGAUUGAAGGCGUCCGGAGCCUCUUCAAUAAUUUAUCUGUGUCAGAUGUCCGUCCGCUGGUUAUGGCCAUUUCUGUGGGUGCGAGAACCAGAGGGGCCGCCGGAGACGAGGCAGUGGACCAUAUUCUGGAGGCUCUUACAGGUGGGAGUAGCGAGGUGCAGCGACUUGAGUUGAACGACAUUGCGAGUCUACUUGUGUCAUGCAGCACUCCCUUUGUUACUAAGUGGCUGUCGAAGGAGCCCCUGCCAUCGUUCCCUCUACGUGCCCUGUUUAAAUGGCUUGUGGGAAGCCGACCAGAUCUAGCACGGAACAUCGCGACAGGCGCCGCGAAGGUUCAUCCUGAGGUCAGAUCUUCCUUGGUGACGAACCCCCCAGCCGGACUUAUUUGGUCGCCUGCGCCAUAUAAACCAAAAUACACCACUGUCGAAUUAUCACCAAAAUCACCCCCAGGGAUGCGUUUCUGUUUCGACUUGUUACAUUCGUUGCGAACAGAACCGAUGUCUAAAACGGGCCCUUCUGCGGAAGAUAUCCUCAAGUUUGUACAAAUUGCCGAAAAUCAGGCUAUACGGCAUAAGACGCCAUUUGACGAUAUACUGUCGUUAGUCCAAGUCGGCUUGGACGUGGCUGAGCUCCAGGUUGAAAAACUAAAACUUAAACUGACUGAUCCACGCCUGGUGGCAUUAAUAUACUAUUGGUCUAUGGCGAAAUACCCCGAUUACAUCCCGGAUUGCUCCAUCAAUCACAAGAAGGGCCCUCUGUCAGCGGCAUCGCAUCCAUCGCGGCCAAACGCCAAGCACCAGGCGGACCUAGAAACGCUCAUUGUGCAUAUCAUAAAGUCAGCUAUCCCAUAUAGCAACGUGUAUUACAUGAUAUAUGAACUCUUUGAACUACUGCCAAAGAAGUCGUUUGCGCCCUCUGCAGGACUGCCAUUGCUAAAGCUUUUAUAUUGCCAUAUACCGACUGUACGGGUUGACUUGGACAGCCCGCACUUGAUUGAUGAAGAAUGGCGACGCAUUGACUUAGAUGCCGCUAUUUUGACCAAGCUUCCCUCCAGCGACUCCAAAUGGCUUUUUGGCCGACGACCCAAUUUGCUAGACGCGGGGAGUUUGAUCACAUUCUACCAGAGAGGUUCGCCUUGGACAAGUGUAGAUACCGAUACACCCUGGUGGUUCAAGCACGGCCUGCUAAAGAUUAUGUGGGAAGUCGAAGACGCCCAGCCGAGAAGUGGCUUCUACGAGACUCUCAAAUUUCUUGAAAAGGUUAAGACAGAAGCCGAAAAAAGCCGAGAUCCAGAUAUCAGAGCGAGUUGGGCCCUCAGAGCCGCUGAGGUGGCUGUAAGUAGCAAUAGUGUUGCCAUCAUGAGGGACGUGACAGUCUGGUCUAGACGUUAUCAACGCGACCAUAACGUCUACCCUGUUAUCACUGAGAAACUACAACACUGGUCGGCUGGCGAUGUCCUAUCAUGUGUAACGCUUCCUCCGAACCGACGACCAGCAUCUCUUUCAGAGCUCAAGGCUCUUGUUGACGAAGCAAACUCGAUUCUCUCACUUCAUAUUGAAGCAGCCGUUCAAUACCUCAGGGAGCCUAGUUUCAUACCCAGCAUGUUUAUCAGCUUGGACAGAUUGUUACGCGAAGUUUUAGACACGCGAAUAGAUGGGGUGCAGACCCUCCGGAAACUAGGCUUGGGAAGCAAAAGCGAGCUUGUGUCGAUUCUGAUCGAAUCAAUGAUGCCAGUAUUAUUGCUCUACGAAGAAACGUCCUUGGUCGAUGGGAACGGACCAUUGCGUUGGGAUACUCCGAAUGGCCCUCUACGAACGGAACCAAUUUUUAGCCCUCGCCGCUUAUUUGCUCUGCCGUUUCUUGACAACUUAGCCAAACGCAGAGACGAGUUAUGGGCCCAGGCACGCCUAAAGCGGAACGAUCUUGUUGCAACUCUCGACAAAGGCUGGCCCAGAGGGUUGCCAAUCCAAUAUCUGUUUCCUGAGGACCAGUGGAUGGUACAGGCCCUUGCAAAUCCUGAAGCAGCACCAUUCGUAGCGGAGAGAGUGAGAAACGUCAUAUUCUGCGAUGCUGAAACUGCUCUGGUACCAAUCCCCCACAACACGGAAGCCAUUGGUUUGUUUGUCGACAAGCUGGAUGUUGCAAUACGGUCGUAUGUUGGCAGCGGGUCGUCGGCUGGGGCGUUAGGACGGAUUGAACGCGUCUGGGAGCACUACUCUCACGUCGUUCCUGCGGCUGCUGGGCACAUUCAGUUUGUAAAAUCGGUCUUAAAGGAUAUUGCUUCAUCAGGUGGAAUAGAGUGGUUGAAGGACGACGUCGUGUCUCCCCUGCCACCGUCCUUGCCUGUCUCCGAAAACAACUUCGAGGUUGACCUGGAGCCGACGGAGUGGGACCCUCGGCCCAAUGGUGGCGGCCGUGACGACAAGAUUACCAAAAAUAACAAAGUAGACGAAAAACCCCAAAACCUACUCCUAUCUCGAGUUUCGGCUACCAAAAGUGUGCACUACCGGUGUUCAUGGUACCAGCAAGAAUUCAGUAAACCAGUACACUCAACUCUGACAAAGUCAGUUGACUCAGAGCCAGGUUUCUGGAGGACAUGGAUCAAGGAGAUCCAUAAACUACCAAUGUCGAGCAGAGAUGCCCUCGUGGCAUCAGCUAUGUUGUAUCUUGAUGCAUUCGUGGCUGGAAAUAGUCGUCUUCUUUCCAACCAAUUUCCUGCUGGUGCAUUCCAUCCUCGAUAUCCACCAAUGUACCUAGACUACGAAUUUCUCUCCAGUGCUGGAAAAUCAAGCAACACCGAAGUGUACGUCAAGGAUGCUAUUAUUGCUCUUCGGAAACUGAAAUCGAUUGUUCCACCACUGUUAUUAAGAGACUUGGCAAAUUCGAUGCUCAACAAGCUUGUCGAUAUGGGGAAUGAUGAACAUAAUCAUCAGCUCGAAUCCGCUACGUUUAAAAUUAUCUCACUUCUUUCGCACUCGGAUCAACCUCACCUUGCCUCUGAUCUAGGCCUUAAGGUAAUUGAGAAGAUGCCGGAUUCUUCAUCAUGGCACCGGAGGGUUAUUUCCGUAGGACUGUGCAAGAGAUUAACUUCUACGCAAGUCGAAGACAUGCUGCAUAAGUUUUCCCACUACAUCGUCGAUUCACUCAAGGGGCAGCAUGCAGGCCAUGAAACCGAGAACGUGGAAUAUAGCCAAGACCAUCCUAAGCGCAAAUACGCAAAAGUAACAACCAUAAAAUUACUGGCGGAGUUGCUUGAAAACGGAGAUUUAGUCUCGAACAAGAUCUCUCUGGAUAUCCUUCGGUCUCUAUUUGUUACAAGCAAUCACAUCGACGUGAAGGUCGCAGCCCUCAGUGCAAUUAGAGAACUACUUGGAAAAAGUGUUCGUUUGGGCCUUGAGCCAGACCUCAGGGCCUACAAAACUUUCACUUCGUUUGCUUACGCGGCAACUGGCCCCGACGAGAGAUCAGUUGUUUCAGAAGCCGAAUGGCUAGCUGCGGAAAAUGGAGGCCCUCUUCCCAACUGCGACAAGAAACGGCCCCUCCUCGAGCUUUUUCUUUGGGCAAAGAGUAGAAUACCCGACAAGUUCCAUGAAGAUUACGUGAGCAGUGUCUUGUUGAAGAUUCUUGAUGAAUCUACGAGGCAGCAUACUCGUUGGAUGCGGAUAUUUCUUGGAAGGUUUAAUCUGUCAGCUAAAGAGGCAUCUUUCGCUUCCUUCGGCCCCUUCGAACAAAUUUUUCAUUCCCACCCCCCCGGCGUUGAGAACUAUGCGGACAAAUUGCUGUUAGAGUGGCCGGAGUACAUUUCAAAAGAUUAUCUCCUUCUAAACCGGGAAUUGUCAUUGUCACUGGGGUACCGCGACUGCGAAAAACAUGCACAUAUUAAUAAAAAGAUAACUGCCGAAGACCCGACAUUAUGGGAGACGAAUGCUGGUGAUCAUUGGAGACACUACCUCGAGACUCAUACGGAGUACAGAAGUGCAUUUGAACCUCUUGGCCGGCUCAUGCGACAAAAUAUACAACCUCGUGUCCCAGACGGGAUAACCCUCGAAGAUGUGGAAGAAGAAUACUUUCAACGCGUUGCAAUCGCAGCUAGGGACCCCCGUUGUUACAAAGACAGAGAUUCCAUUGUGUCCCUGGAGCCAUUUGAAUACGCGAUUAGCCUAUUGGUAUCCCCUGGUGACUCGAGGCACAAUUUAAUUAGCAUAUUAGUAUCUUAUGGUGACACGGGGAACAUGGUAGAAAGCAAACGCCGACUUUUGGAAAGAAUCGUUACUGACGUUCGGGAUCUGCAUACCAAAAUCAGGCCGGACGAAUCAUCGGAGAGGCCUCCGCUUCUCCCUUCCCUGUGGAAUCUCCGCUGUAAGCUCGCUAUGACCUCUCCAUUGAUAGAGUUGGUAGAGCGCGUCAACUCUCUGUGCGAAGAAUGUGCUCAAUCAUCAUUUGCUAUGGGCCAGUACCAGCAACUUGUCAACGCUGUUAGCACCAUUCCGUCCGACAGCAAGACCUUCCUCUUAGUCAAGCUAGGAGUGGCGGCACAGAAUCAGCACGAUACUUUUGCGGGGUGUAUCAAGGCGCAAUUGGUGCAUCACCUUCUUCAGGGGACCAAAACUAUAACUGCACCGGAUAUGCGUAUGGAGGUUCAAGCGCUGUUGGCGUCGUGGUUGGAUAGCACGAAUGAUAAUAUCCGCAGGCUUGCUUUUGGCCAGGCGGAAAGGUUUUCUAAAGUCAAAGCAAAAAUCACUUUGGCGUGAAACUUGUCAUCACUAUCCUGAUUCUGAAGACGCAGAGGAAGACUUGGAAAAUUAGAAGAUGAAUUCGAAGAGGGCGACAAUGGCGAAAACAAGAACGAAAACGGGGAAUUGUAAUUUGCUGUUGUGCAAGGCGUGAAAUGCACCUUUACCAACAACACGAUGGGUUGGUGAACAUAAUAUAUUUGAAUGAGUAUCCCAAAUUAAAUAUACUUACAACUACAUUUUAUUUGAAUGAGCUGCCUUGGAAAUUAAGUAUGGGUUUAAUCUAAUGUGGAAAUUUACGGUGAAAUCAAGAGCAAGGUGAAGCAUACAAGACAGCUUCACAUGAGUGCAAAGUAGGAUGUAUCAUUUUAUUCGCUAUUCCACUAUAUAAGAGAUAAACAUCUCAAAGCCAUAUAAUCUCAAAAUAACGUGUUAUUAAUAUUUUACAAGAUAAAAGG